CCGGGGACUCGUCCAGCCUUGCCCCAAGCAAAGUCCGGUCCGGCAUCCAGCAGUGGCAAGCAGUGCUCCAGCCCCGCUCCCGGCAGCCGAGCAGCCCUGGCCAUGGCAGGACGCAGGGCACUGAUCGUGCUGGCGCACCUGGAGAAGACGUCCUUCAACCACGCCAUGGCGGAGGCGGCUGCCAGCAUGCUGCGGGACAAGGGCUGGGACGUCACCAUCUCCGACCUCUACGCCAUGGGGUUCAACCCUGUGCUCUCGCGUCGCGACAUCACCGGUCGACCGCAGCCAUCGCCAUCUAUCUUGGGGGCUGGGGGAGGCGGCAGUGCUAGCUGCCAGCCUCAGCGCCGCCUGCUCUCCCAGUUCCCAUUGCAGUGGUUAGGGAUGCCGGCCAUCCUCAAGGGCUGGUUCGACCGCGUCAUCAUCCAAGGCUUCGCCUACUCCAUGGCCACCAUCUACGAGCAGGGGCGCUUCCAGAAGAAGAAGGCCGUGCUGUCGUUCACCACCAGCGGGUUGGAGUCCAUGUACACCCCCAGGGGCAUCAACGGUGACAUGAACGUAUUCCUCUGGCCCAUGCAGCGGGGCAUGCUGCAGUUCUGCGGCUUCUAGGUGCUGGCACCUCAGAUCUGCUACAGCGUGCGGUACGUGACCCCCGAGGCACGGGCGCAGAUGCUGAGCGCCUGGCGGAGGCGCCUGGCUGCCAUCUGGGAGGAGAAGCCCCUCGGCUUCAUCCCCAACAGCUGCUUCGAGCUGAGCAUGGCGGGCGGCUUCGUGCUGAAGCAGGAGGUGCUGGCGCAGCAGGAGGGGCAGCCGCGGGGGCUGAUGGUGGGGCAGCACCUGGGCAAGGCCUUUCCCCCCGACGAGCAGCUCAAGGCCCCAGAGUAGGUGCCAGAGGCCUCGGGGUACUGCUGGGCCCAUCGCUGCCGUGCGCCCAGCCCUGCGUGGCGAGGACGAGGCCUGGCCCCACAUCCACUGCACUGCCAGGGCCAGGGGGGCAUGAAGAUGGUGCCCCAGCCCUUCAUCUUUCUCUCUCUUUUUCUACUGUCUCUUUCCUGUCAUUUUCCUGCAUGAGUUUACUCAAAAGUGAGGUCUCAGGGUGCUGGGGGCUGCGGCGUGGCCCUUGGUCGACACCAUCCAUGUGAACAUGACCAAUAAACCGCAGUCUGGAAAU